UUUGCACAAACCAUGUAAACAUGGUCCGGUAUGUUUGUGAGAGUGAUGGAAUGUGAUUUUGAGCUAAGGUGGUAAAGCUAGGUCAAUAAAACAUAUAAACGGAAAAAAGAAGUGCUCAAGGAACAAUUAUGUACAAUGAGGUAUAGACUGGGCCCCAUAGGCUGGUAUAAUACGCGAGAUCUAAGCCCAGAAAUAUGCUUCUUGUCCGAAAGUAUACGCAUACAUGACAGUGGUUUCGGCGGUUAGAUACUGUAAAGACGUAUAAUUUAAGUCUUUGGAUACUGCAGCCUCGUGUUGUGGGUUUUCGUUCACUCAAGAUACAUUCGAAGUUUUCUCACGAAUCAACUGCGAAACAUAUCACUCACCUAUAACGUUAUCUUAAAAAUUACAAUGUUUAUGUGUGACGUCACAUCCCUCGCUAUAACGUAUAUAUAGGCUAUAUGGCAUCGGCAUCCCCAGGUUGUGAUGGGUUGUACAAAAGAUGACAACUACGUUAAAGCGGAGACAGUGACACUGCAGCAGCUGGCUGCUGACAACUUCAGUGUGUGUAGCCAAUAGAUACAGCGCUUCUUAAAGAACACUGGUCCCAGGUAGAUAGUAGACAACAACACAUCAGCGAUGUUUCUGUCCCUCCAAGUUUCGCGUGCAGUUGUGAGUCAGCUGCAGUCAAGAUGUUAUUCAGCAGCGGCACCCAUCAUGACAAUCAAAGAAGCUCGAAAUAUUCUCCUGAAGAUGGUAGGAACAUCAACAGAUUAUGGGCCAAAUUCCAUGCCCAAGGUGUCGCGAGUGCGGAAGUCCCAGGAUGAGCUGGCGGACCGAGGGAUGCAGGACGGCUACUGGGAGGCCAUCAUUCCCCUGGAGACGGACCUGGCUGUGCGGGAGCGCUACAUCACCUUCCAGAAGGGGAUCCGCUUCGGUCGGAUCAUGGAGGAUCUCGAUACUCUCGCAGGGUGUAUAUGCUACACACACUACAGUGACCCUGACAUUGACCCUGAGGAGAAGUCCCCAGUAGGCAUUGUCACAGCCCUCGUCGACAGGAUAGAACUACACAACUAUGUUGUGUCCCCCUAUCAUGACAUCAAGAUGACAGGUCACAUGGCAUGGGUCGGAACGUCGUCUAUGGAGGUCACAAUGAACCUGGAGCAGGAAAUACACAGCACGUGGCAGAAGAUACUCAAUGCAAGGUUCAUCAUGGUUGCAAGAGACCCAGUCACAAACAGGGCUGCUGUUGUCAACAGGCUUGUACCAAAGGGUCCAGAAGAGGAGGCUCUGUUCAGGAAAGGAGAAGCCAGCAAGCUGCUUCGCCAAGAGGAGGCCAGGAAGAUGUUGUUAAAGACACCUCCCAGCAACGAUGAGAUUCUUAUAGUUCAUGACUUGUUUCUACAAACUAUUGAUACUAAGGGAGGGACAUUCAAAGUUCGUAUCAAGCCCCCUGGCAGUGUCUGGAUGGAGAAAACUUUGCUGAAAAACAUGAUCAUGUGUCAUCCCGAGCAAAGGAAUGUCCACUACAAGAUAUUUGGAGGCUUCCUGAUGAGACAGGCCAUGGAGGUGGCUUGGACUAAUGCAGCUAUGUACAGCUGCAAGCGGCCAGUGCUUAAGGUGGUUGAUGAUAUUGUGUUCAAGAAACCGGUGGAGAUUGGCUCACUACUCCUGCUGUCGUCCCAGGUGGUGUAUACUCACAAGUCUCUCAUGCAGGUCAAAGUUCAUGCUGAAGUUUUGGAUGUUGACACUGGAGUAAGGGAGACAACUAAUGACUUUCAUUUCACGUUUGACUCUCAGGAUGAAAAUCUGCCGAGAGUUAUUCCCAAAUCCUAUGCUGAGUUUAUGCUAUAUCUUGAUGGAAAACGACAUUUUGAAAGCUGAUAAGAUAGACGGACUUGAAAUGACAACUCCCAAUGACUCCCAUCUAUGUCACUCUGCUGGACACUGCUUGGACUAAAGUUAUCAGGAGCCACUGAAACAAUGGAAGAACCAUGUGCUAGAAAGUCCACAUCAGCUCUGGUACAUCCAGGAGUUACCAAGGAUGGCCAUGUGGUCACCAGGAAAUGUAGAUAACUGCAGGGUAUAUGAUGGGAUGCGAAGACACAUUCUUCGUUAAAUCUAUGUUUUUGAUAUUGGCCCUGAAAUGGAUAACACUGAAAUAUUAUAGAAGCGGAAGGAUUUUAAUGACGCUUCAAACAGUUCAUAAAUUAAAUUAAAUUGAAUUGAGACUUUGUAAAUGCGCUUAGACCAUGAUUAAUCUAGUUAAAGUUUCUUGAAGAGACAAUUUGUAAACACCAUUUUAUAUAUACAUACAUACAGUAAAUUCUGGUAUUAGGGUAGUGUGCAGUGAUGCUCGACACACACAUGUACAGUCAAACACAGUUGUGCUGAAGUUGAAGGGACCAAUGUAAAUACUUUGAGUUAUCCGAGGUUUGACACAACCAAAAAUGAUGAAUAAAGAAGGAAUAUGCAGGGACGAAACCUUUACAUUGAGAAAACCACAAGUUCGACACAUCAAGGUUCAACACAAAAGUGUUUGAUUGUAUGGAGUGACAUUGACUUUUGGUGUUUUAUUUUCAUGAUUAAGAAACCAUUAUUAAUUGGGAAUCCAUUCUUAACUUGUAAUAGUUUGUUAUCAAUGGUCCACUCAGAUUGAAGAUAUUCCUUGAACUUUGUUACUUGGGUACCAAGUUUGUCCUGAUUUGUCCUACGCCUAGUCAACUGUAGAGGGAGCAAGACAUAUAACCCAGGACACUUUGUGUAUAGUUCAGUUGUGUAGAUUUUAGGGCUGGGAAGGGUAACGCGGAUACUGGGGUCGGGUGGGUACUGAGUAGGACCCGGGUACCCACAGGACUACCCGGACCCAUAGUUAGUCACGUGAUAUUUUGUUUAAUGGCAGACUUAUUUAGAACUCCAUGGUUACACUACUAGUCACUAAUGUUCACAUUUCUUUCUGACUAUCCACGCAUUCCUUAUGAUUUUAUGUGUUAGAAUAAAGAUAAAACUUCAGUCAACUUCAGUGUAUGCAUGACAAGUUCGUUUUAUACAGUAUCUAAAUACAUUUUUCCAGGGCUACGGUCAAACUAUUCCCAAUCAGACAUUUGGACCUAUCUCUUGAUACCUACAGCUGAUACCCAGGUAGAGUCGGGUAAUAGGGGGGUGAAUACCCGGGUAGUAAAUUUGGCCUCGUCCCAGCCCUAGUAGAUUUCACAAAUUCUUUGAUCGGGGGUAAAAUAGGUCCUCAGCAACCCAUGCUGUCCUUAAAAUGCGACUACUUAGUAUGCUUGUCCUAAGAGGCGACUUUUUUUUAUGAAAGUCUAAGACCAAAAUAGUUUUGUGUAUCACUGAAUGGUCACAACUGAUAAAGAUGAUUACUUCAAUACAUAUGUGGUAUAUAUAAAUACUGGUCUAUCUGCAGCCAGUGACCUUACUACCAACUGAGUGUACAGCUGCUCAGGUUGAAGAGCAUCCUCGGUGAUCCAGUUACAUCUCGAUUUCUUUAGGAUAUAUACCCUGGACCUAGUCCUCUGAUAGCUUCUGUCUGGAAGUGACAUCACACCUUCCUAUCAGUAACUUCACACACAGUUUUACUCUCUCAUGAUUUCUCUCACUUUAAUUGGGGGCACGGGUGGCCCAGUCGUCUAAAGCGCCGUGAUUCGCUGUGCAGAGUUGCAUCCCUUGGGCACGCCAGAAACCUAUGAUUGUGGGUUCGAAUCCCGGUUCGCCCGAUUAUGUUUCUA